ACCACAAGAAAAUUUGAAAGAACCAAGAAUAUGAAUCUCUGCAGUCACUAAAGCUUUAAAUCAAAAUGUAACAGCUGAGAGUCAAUGCUGUGGUGUUGUGCGAUUGGUGCAAGCGACCCAUCAUUGUGUUUUGAUGUUGAGCUGUUAAAAUUGCACUGUUGUGAGGUGAGGUCAAGGCCGAUGACUGCUUCCAGCGGUGUCAAGAUCAGCAUUUUGAAGAGGCUCGCGGAGGAUGAUACUGGGCACUGGGGUGCAGUCUCCCUCCAUGAACAACAGAGGGCAGAGGAGCUGACGCUCACAACAACAAUUGGCGGAGCACCGGGCGUAUAAAACACAAAGUUGGAAGAAAGUUUAUCUCGGGGAGUUAACCCACAACACCUGGGUCUGUCCCGCGUGUUCACACGAUAACGCGUUUUCACUACAACGCGUUUUCUCCGUCACAACGCGCUUUCUGAGCGGACUACUUUCUUGAGCUGCGCGGUUGAGCGAGAUGAGACGGUAACGCGGCGGCGGCGGCGUCCCCUCAAGUUAUUUGGACCCCCAUCUUACCGUGCGUGGACAUUAUUAUUUACGGGAGGAAAAUAGUUUCCGCUUAACGCGGCACUUUUCAGGAACGCAUCUACCGCGUUAAACGAGGACUCGCCGCGUACAGGUGCCGCGCACGCUGUAUCGACCCUGGAGAAAUCCGAAGCGCUAUGAAGCUCUUGUUCACAGACGUCCAGUAAGGGGCGGGUGGUGUUGGUGGUGUGGGCGUCACCACGUGACACACAGCUUGUCCGUGGAGUCGAUCGUGAGGGUGCCGACGUCGCCUAGGCAACGCCGCCCCCCCUCUGGCUCUGCUGCUGCUGCUGCCUCGCUCUGUGCACGCGAGGCGCCAAUCCGUGACGCGGGCACUGUACGCGUUGCGUCACCGUUCACCGUGGGGGGCGGCGGGGCCUCAGCUACGUCACGUCGUGUACAGUGGCACAUUAAUAUUGACACUUUUACUCGUGUUUAUGUGCCUCGUUAUUAAAGAGUUUAGGACCUUCGUGGCCAAGAGCCGCAGCUCCCGAGGCAAAGGAGUGAUGGCACGCUUCAAGGUGCCGGACUUGCUGAAGCAUCUCAUGGAACGAUACGGGGCUCCGGAUAUUCACGAUCUGGGCAUCCGUAUCACCAGCAUACCUCUGGGCAUUUCCGUGAUCGGCAAGGCCCAGAAAGGCGAGCGGGAGGCGAUGGACCGUGGGCUGGCUCGCAUCGAGUGUGACAUCAAGCAGGAGGUGGAGGACCGGCCACACAAGAUCAAGAAAUACCUGUUGGAGUCGUUCCCCUUGCCAGGGACGAGCGCCGAUCUUCGCCGACAGUUCACGACACAGCCGGCGGCCGAGAUGGUGCUGCAGGUCUUCCAGUACGCCGAGGACAUCUUUGUGAAUAAGCUGAAGAAGGUGGGGCACGUGGUGUUACUCACGAAGGCCUGCAUUGCAUACAUCAUCCCGGACACGCCAUCCCAUGUGCGCGCCUGCAUGCGCCGCGAGCGCUUCGUCGUACAGACGAUUCUGCAGCAGGCAGAGCUGGGCCGUCUCCGUAACACCCUCCUCACCGAUGCCCCCAGCUCACCGCCAUCGCCUCAAUUCCACGUUGAGGAUGAGCAGGCAGAGAUGGGCCUGCUUCGCUGCUCGCUGCAUAAGGAGUCUCCUGGCGUAUUGCACCCACCCCAGCGGUGCCACAUGGAGAAUGAGCAGGCAGAGAAGACUGGUGACGACUCACUGCUGAAGGGAUCCGAGGAGGAAUCAAGCAACGAGGAUUCGUCAACUGUCUUCUACAGCGUAUAA